GCAGCGCGGCGGCUGCCUGCCCUGGGGGGUCGGGCGGCGCUGCCCCGGCGCGGGGAGGCCCUGACGGAGCGGCCGCCCCCCCGGCGGCGCCAUGCGGGGCUGGCUGCUGCUGGCGGCGCUGGGCUGGCUGCUGCCGGCGGGGGCCGCGGCCAGCGGCGAGUACUGCCACGGCUGGCUGGACGGGCAGGGCGGCUGGCGGGACGGCUUCCAGUGCCCCGAGCGCUUCGACGGCGGCGACGCCACCAUCUGCUGCGGCAGCUGCGCGCUCCGGUACUGCUGCUCCAGCGCCGAGGCGCGCCUGGACCAGGGCGCCUGCGACAACGACCGGCGGCAGGGCGGCGGUGAGCCCGGCCGCCCCGGCAAGGACGGCCCCGACGGCGCGGCAGUGCCCAUCUACGUGCCGUUCCUUAUCGUGGGAUCUGUAUUUGUCGCUUUCAUCAUCCUGGGGUCACUGGUUGCAGCUUGCUGCUGCAGAUGCCUGCGGCCCAAGCAGGAGCCCCAGCAGAGUCGAGCACCUGCAGGCACCCGCCUGAUGGAGACGAUCCCCAUGAUCCCAAGUGCCAGCACCUCCCGGGGCUCCUCCUCCCGCCAGUCGAGCACGGCUGCCAGCUCCAGCUCCAGCGCCAACUCAGGGGCCAGAGCUCCACCGACGAGGUCCCAGACCAACUGCUGCUUGCCAGAAGGGACCAUGAAUAAUGUCUAUGUCAACAUGCCCACGAACUUCUCGGUGCUGAACUGCCAGCAGGCCACGCAGAUUGUGCCGCACCAGGGCCAGUACCUGCACCCGCAGUACGUGGGCUAUGCCAUGCAGCACGACUCCAUGCCGCUGACCCCGGUGCCUCCCUUCCUGGACAGCCUGCAGAGCGGCUACAGGCAGAUCCAGUCUCCCUUCCCACACACCAACAGCGAGCAGAAGAUGUACCCAGCUGUGACUGUGUAGCGCUGAUGUCUUCCCCUCCCCAUCCCCACCCAGCCAGUUUUAAUAUCUGAACUGAACGGAGGAGAAAUACUUCUUUGGAACAAAGCUCCCAGAACACCACUUGUAAAUAAUUUUGAAAGGCUCAUGCAUGUCAGACAGUGUUUAUAAACCAUUUAUUUUCAUCGGGGUCUGUUGCCAGGAACUGUAAGGAUGAUAUCUCGGAAUUAACGUUGCCAGAUAUGCUCUCAUUCCAGCGUGUGAUUUAUGGUGGUGAAGGAUUACGUUGGAAAUGCAUAUGUAUUUCAGAUCACUGUACUCAUGAGAUAAAUGUCGGAGCCAUAAAGUGCCCUUCAGGUAUGACAUGGUCACAAGUAUUUGCCUAAUUAAUUCUAGAAAGAGUUUUGUUACACUGUACAAGACAGCAGUACUUCAGAAACCUCUCUGUUCCCAGCUCCAUUAUGACAUUUCCCGUUGCUUUACAGACAAUCACAACUAAGAGCCGAGCAGUGCAAUCCCUGUGUGCCCAGCCACCAUGGCUUCUUACACACACCCUCUUUGGGGUGAAAUGCCACCAGAAACUUGGUCUUGCAAAGACCAAUUUUCCUUGUACUAUGUAGGAAUUGGAAGAGUGAAUUAUUCUGCUCUUCUUUCCAGUGCACUUGAAACCCUUCUUGAUUUGGUUUUGUAUCAAGAUCAGGACCCAGUAGUGGUUUGCAGAGAUUUUAUCUUUGUGAAUGUUUUACUAAAACCAGGGUAUGAGGUGCUUGCUCUUUGUAACACUGAGCAAAGCUUUUGGUACAGCUAUCAGUAUCUGAACUGAACCUGCCUUGGCAGAGAAAGGUCAGACUGUGAUUCCAAACACACCUGAUUUAACCUCAUUUCCCAUGAAACAGGAAAUCUGUGUGAAUGCCCAUGAAGGUGUUUCCCCAAAGCCUGCUUGCAUUGGAGUCUGCCUUGUAGGAAAAUUGACUUUAUCUUGUCCCCCAUGAGCACAUUCUGAGUCCCCUGCCUUACCCUGUCGGAGUGGGAGAGUGUUAUACAGAACCCAGUUGGGAUGUGAAUGGGUUGGUAGAGGUUUGAAAUCCAUCCUCUUUUCUUCUUUACUCAUGGCAGGGGACUAGGGAGGCACAGCUGUAUUUAACAAUAAGGAAAAAGGCCCAACCAAGGGACAAAGGUGCUUGUGGUGUCACAAGGGUCAUGGAGGUGGUAAGAUGCAGACAGGAGGGACACUUUACACUGGAGCUGUUGGCUCUGUCCUGCUUUGCUUCAUAUGGGGAAAACACCUCUCCAGGUUAAAGAGGCAACAAACAAUGAGAUCAUUCUAAUUGUAUCACCCCAGAUGCAGCAAACUAAAGCUGGUUUUGUCUCUUAAAAAAAUGUAACCUCUGCAUUUCCAUCCAUUUGCUCCUCAGCCAAAACAGUGCAGCAGAAGACUUGAGGCCCUGUGCAAAACCCAAGCAAUUACUGUAGCCAGACCAGUGAUGACAAAAGGUUUCUUAUUGUCUGAUACUGUAUCAAUAUGUAGCAAUAACUGUGAUGCUGCGUUUUGUACAUCUGUUUUUAAAUGACACAGAAGGUGCAGACGCAUUGCCAAACCCAAUGGUUUACUCAUAAACACGCCACACACAGGCAGUCUGCAGCAGGCAGCCAUGGUUUGGCCACUGACACGGGGAAAUGAAUAGGCAAUUUAUCCCAGAUCUGUUGUUCCUGGCUGUGAUCUCCCAGUCAGUGUGCAGGAUCUGGACAGAAAGAUUGGUUUGAGACCUGGCUUCCUCUCCUGCCAGACUGGAUGUCUUGGGGAAGGGGGCGCCUGGGUGCUGGAGGUGUUGGAUGCUGCACAACUCGGUGCUCGGGGAUCUUCAGGGCAGUGGGUGCUCCAGAGCUGGGUGCUGCCAGGCUUCUGAAGGACCCCCUGCACUCUCUGGUCUCUGGGGGUGUGGGUUUCUACCUGCCCACGUUGCAGCGGGGUCACACUGAGCUGGUCAGACACAGGGCAGCUGCCUGGGCUUCCCCAGGAGCAGGAGGUGCUUGGCCCUGGGUGAGCCCUGGCUCUGUGGUUGUGACCAUGCCCCUCUGUGAGCCAAGUCAGCUCCCCCCCACUGCCUGCCUUGCACAGGCCCUGACAAGGACAUCUCCUCUGACCUUUGGAAUUCAGGUGAAUCUUUGUAUAUUGUUUACUUGUUUUAAAAAAAAAAAAGAAUAAGUUAAAUUUAAGUCUGUAGAAAUUAAUUUACAACUGAAGGCAGAGAAAGCCACGGUCUAAUAAAAGGAAUUUUGUGAGAUGUUGUGUUUUUUUUAAUGUCAUGUACAAUAAUGUAAAACCAAUGUUACCAUUUGAUAUAGCUUUUAAAUCUGUGAAAGAGCACUUGCUUUAAAGUGUUUCUUAAAACUGAAGAAAAAAGCCCCCUUUGUUUUUUAAUAAAUACUUUAUGGUGUGA